AGUCGAGUUGGAGAUGGGGAAAGUGAAGGAGAGAGAGAGGAAAGCUUACGGCGACAGCAUCCCCUAUAUUGAUCUCUGUGCUGAGCAAGCCUUAGUCAGCAGCAGAAGAGCCGACCACGUCAGGUCGCGAUUUUCAGUCUCCCGUCAGUGCUUGCACAUAAAAGCGCGCGCUUCUCUGUCUCUCGGUACGUCUCGCGCGCACGCCGUCUCCUGCAGUUGUUCCAACUUGCUUAAUAGGUAUCAGACUGUCAACUACCUAACGGCCUGUGCUAGCCAGCUGCUCUCUCUCUCUCUCUCUUUCUCUCUCCCUCUCGAGCUCAUGUGUAUGCACGUAUAUACGAGCCAGGAUCGUGUUGUGCUGUACUUGUCGAAGCCCGAGAACGCAGUUCGCUAGUGCGUGUGCGCGUGUCCAAGGAGUGCGGUCUGCCAUCGAGCGGCCCGAGUAAUGGACAAUAUCGACAUUCUGCCUUUCUUUUUAGUCUUCGCCUCCGCGGAUCACGAUCCUGCGGCAGAAAGUAACCUCGCGCGCGCGAGCGAGCUUGGGAGAUGAAGGAGGAGCUGCUGCGUCCGAUGCCUCCUCAGCCCAGCAUCCGCCGACCGCAUUUCGACGCUCGAGGAUGAAUUCGGGGAAAAACUUGCUCGCGGUAAGGCUCCAUCAGUUCAUGAUAUGGAGGCUGCCGUGCGGUUUCGCGCAGAACGAGAAUUCGGUGCAGUCGAUGCGCUCGUCGCUGUCGUCGCUGCCGCCGUCGCCGACGAUGAGCUGCAGGAGCGGGAGCGUCAGCUGCUCGCACAUCGCCCUUUCGGGCUGCAGCGUCAACAUCAUCGUCAGCAGCAGCAGCAGCAACAGCAGCAGCAACAGCAGCAGCAGCAGCAGCAACAACAGUCGCAGCAGCAGCAGUCCAACAGCCCCGGAUCGAGAAUAAUAAGCUGCAGCAUGUAGGAAUGAGGCACUGAUCGCGGCGGCCUGCUCCUCGCUGCCGGCAACACGAGGCUGCCUAGCAUUCGCAGCCGCCUCUACACCUACCGAUACUUUAUUACGACGGGUGGUAUACUUAUCGCUCGCGCUCGCUUACCGCAAAAGUUUUAAGUGCGCGAAAUUUGAAAAUUUGACUAUCUUGGCUCGAAUCGCUUAUACGACUGCCAAGCAGAAAAAUGGUCGACCUAGGAGGAUACAUCAUCAUUCUGAUGAAUCACAGUGGCAAAAUGAAGCUCUACGGAUCGCCAGCGGACAGCACGGAUAGCUUGGAAAUCGGAGAUGAAAUUCUCGAGGUCAACGGACGCACUCUCGAGAAUGCCACGCACUCCGAAGUUAUCCAACACAUACAUCAGUGCAUCAAGUCCAGAACAAUAUGCCUACGAGUCCGACGGAGGAGCGGCAACAAAAUGGAAGUAUUGGACGGACCAAAUGCCGGAGGGAUCAGGGAUGCAUGGGUCAUCGCUGUGGAGAGAGGGGCGCGAGAACGCUUGCAAAGGCUGACCGCUCUCAGGAAUUUCCAGCCUCGAGACAUACAGGCGAUACUGCACCAACAGAUAACGGAGGCUGGAGCAGCGUCGACGAGCCAAGAGCCCGCCGAGAAAGAUGCGCCGGGCAGCCAGAUCACGGUGACACUUUCCGACAAGGAGCCGCCGGGCACCACGGCAGAUGUCUACACCUCGAAGCUGAGCAACGGCACGCUCGCCAAGGGCCCGCAGCAGAGCAAGGAAGCGCCGCUGGAGAAGCAGCAGAGCUGCCCCGAGGAGGCGCCGGCGGAUCUCCUGACUGCGCUCCAGGUCGAUGGGAUUCGCAGCAGCGAGCGUCGGGCGAGCAGUCCCUUCCAGAAUGGACGCACCGAGGUGUUGAUCGGCGAAGCGGAGGGUGGCCCGAGGUCACCGCGCGGCUCCACUUCCUCCACGGUCAACGAUUCGAGCGGCAUUCUGAACGCCCCCGACGAACGCGACUAUCCCGAGCCGAUACUCAGGUCGCGCAGCCGAACCACCCCGCAGCACCAGCAGCAGCAGCAGCAGCAGCACCAGCAGCAGCACCAGCAGCAGCAGCAGCAAGAGGCGGGAGGCCAGUCCAAGGAGCCUGCGGGCCCCGAUGAGAUGUGGGCCCCGGGCUUCCUGGGCCACCACCGGGAGCUGCCCGUCGACGUGCCCGAUUCCCUGCUCCAGACGGCGGCCUACCCCAAUAAGGUAAUAGAGAAAGUAGACUCGGUGGCUACUGUCUGUCAGAGUGCCGAGCCGCAGUCACCCCCCAGCCGCGAGCCAGCACCAGCCGCUCCCCUUAGCGCUAGCCGCAUCUCCCUAGACGCUCACUUUAUAAGCGCGAACGAGAAACGCAUACUCGAGGAGAAUUCCGCAUUCAUAAUUCAAGAGCACAUGGUCAAGGACCCCUUCAGGAUUUGCUCUGACGACGAGGACGAGAUUAAGAAGAACGAGAACGAGGACGAGGAAGACGUCGAGGUCGACGAAAUCGAACUCGAGCUCGAGGUCGAUACCUGCAGCAGAUUUACCGGCCACAAGGAGUCGAGCGUCGACGCUGACGAGGACUAUCCCUUCGCCAAGGAGGACUACCCGACGAUGCUCAAGACCUGCAGCGACGAGUCGGCGAGUCCGAGGAGCUCGUCCGGCAGUUCCGACAGCACGGUCCCCCUCGACGCCAGUCUCGUCGUCGGCAUCGCCCCGGCCCGAACGGUGCAGCCCCAGCUCGCUCAAAUCUUCGCCAGCAGCACCUCCUUCGACAAUCCCGCCUACGGUCUCUCGGAUCUCCAGGACCUCCGGGACUUUGAGAACUUUGUCAUGAGCAGGCCCGAGCAGCUCGGCGAUUUCGCCCUGCUGAUCGGCGAGCAGGGCCUCGACAAGCUCCACCAUCAGCACCAGCACCAGCACCAGCACCAGCACCAGCACCAGCACCAGCACCACAACAACAACAACGUCAAGAACGGCGACGACGACAAGGGCGCAGCCAGUAACGUAACCGCCGUGGCCGCCACGAGUACCGGCGCCGCCAGCUGCAACGUAAAAGCAAGUGGCAGCAAAAAGAAGAAGCACAGUACGGGCCACAAGGGGCCCGAGACCGAGGGACUGCUGCGAACGGGCUCGAGGGACGAGCUGCUUCAGAGCGUAGAGCAGCUCUCCUCUAUGCCGCGUAUGCGCAAGAGCAACAAGCAGCAGCAGUCGUCGAGCGGCUACUCGACCCUCAGGAGCGAAAGGUCGACCGAUUUCGAUCAGGUCGACCACGCGCCCUUCCUCGUCGUCGGGGCUGGGAAGAGCUACCGCGAAGUGGCUGUCGACUGUCCAGCGGAUUUCGUACCGGUGACCAAGAGCCAUCCGGUUUAUCCGCCGCCAGGCACGCUCGACUCGAGAAGUGCCGCCGCAAAGCACGCGAAAAGCUCAAAAGACAAAAGCAAUAAGCGAAACGACUGCGAGAAGGAAAAGGAGAACGAGCGGCCGAUAGAUGCAAACGCGCUCGAGUGUCCCAGCAGGAAGGUAAGGUCGAGCUCGAAGGUCCGCAGCUUAUUGAUCGAGGGCUUGCAAACUCUAAAACUUGGCGCACCGCGGCUACCCGAGCAGCAGCAGCAGCAGCAGCAGCAGCAGCAGCAGCAACGGCGGCAGCGGCAGCAGCAGCAGCUGCGAUCCAACAAUCGCUUUGACUCUUGCACCCGCACUAGCAUUCGCGCACGCACGCACAUUCACGCUCACGCUAUCUCGAUCGAGUCCUUGCAACUGAACGAGAGCCUCUCCAAGUCCUUCGUCUUCUCCUCGGUUAAGAAUUCGAUAAAUAAAUCUAAAUCAAAGUCCAAGUCUCGCGAGAACCUGGUCGAGGCGGUGGAUCGGUGUCAGCAGGACGAGAAGCCGGGAGUACGCCUCGGGCUGGCGCACGAGCAGCCCGAGUUCAUCGAGGAGCACAACCAGAACUCGAGGAAUUCUCUGAGGCAGCGGAGCCGGCGAUUCUUCUCUACCGAGGAAUCGCCCAACACUCAGAAUCAGAACAACUCGAGGCUCUCGUUGGCCUAUCGGCGCUCGAAGCGCUUCGACGUCCUCAAGGACGUCGAGGUGCGUCGGCUGCUCUCGAAAAGUGAACUCGAUCUCUCAAGCUCCUUGGGCGACUCUCUGCAACCGAGACUCCUGCCCCCUUGCCUCUCUGACACGCAAAUUAGCUUCUCUCGCGCUAAUAGUCAAUUCGUUCACAUCGAUGAUGAGAAAGUAGGCGCGGAGACGAAGGGCUUGAUUACCGAGGCUCGCGAACUGGGCGCCGACGAGCAGGAGGACGUCAAACUUGGCACGAAGGCCGGGCUGAACGGCGUGAAGCCGGCGAUACCACCGAGGGAUCAGAAGCGCGCCCCGGCCCGUCCACCCAAAGAUAAUCUGCGGAACUGCGCCCAGAACAACAAUGUCGAGGAGAGCGACAUGCCGCCGCCGCCGCCGCCGGCCCUGCCGCCCUCGACAGCGGCUGCUGCCCAGCUCAAGAGCGAGCACACGCCGCAGCAGCUACAUUCCCUGCACAAGUAUCAGGAGGAGCUAUGGAAGCGCAAGGACGAGGAGGAGCGUCAAGAGUACCAGAAUCGCUCGUUGCGUUACUCGCAAAAGCUCCAGGCUCUCGAGAGCCGCACCGUCAGCCUCUCUGGCCAAGAGAACCUCGGCUACAGUCAGGACGAGUUCGGCCCUUCCGUCGCAAAGCAGCAGCAACCAGCCAGUGAACCAGUCGAAGAGCCCGUCAGACCACUCACCUAUGGCGAGGUCGUGGCGAGCCUCGAGAGGCUGCAGCUCCAGCUGCGAAACAUUAGCGGCAGCCUCGGCAUCAGCGGCCCGGGGGUCGAGGCUGAGCUGGAGGCCGUCAGGACGCUGCUGCUCCAGAAGCGUUUCGCCACCGCCCUCUCGACCCACCACGCGCUCAAGGCCCGACUGCGCUCCGGCAAGAGUCUCAAACUUCACACCGACGAUGCCUCCAGCCUCGCCAGAGACUGCGUCGAGGUGCUCGAGCAGUGGAGCCAGCAGCAGGCGACACAGGCCAGCUCUGCCGAGACGAUAGCCGCGGCCGAGGAGCUGCAGGCCCUGCUCACCAGCUACGAGAUGGAGGGACUGCUGCUCGCUCACGACUCAGCGAUAACUCGGGUCGAGGGACUACAGCGUACCGCAGCCGGAUACAGCGACAGUCCUGGAUCCCAGCAGAGCGGGCAACGAGCUGGCAGCCCCUUCGCCAGCUCUCGAGAGGCCAGACUGGCCGCCGCUGCGGACACAAUCAAAAUCAUCAAGAUCGAAAAGACAAACGAGCCGCUCGGCGCUACUGUCAGAAACGAAGGCGACGCUGUCAUUAUCGGUCGAGUGGUACGGGGAGGUGCUGCCGAUAAAUCCGGCCUGCUACACGAGGGCGACGAGGUGCUCGAGGUCAAUGGUGUUGAGAUGCGUGGCAAAAGCGUCAAUGACGUCUGUGACAUACUCGCGGGUAUGCAGGGAAGUCUCACCUUCCACAUACUGCCAGCCCCGACGACGCAGCGCAACAGCAAUCUCAAUGGUGCUCGUGAAGACGCUCAACAAAUUCACACUGUGCGGGCUCAUUUCGAUUACGACCCAGAGGAGGAUCCCUACAUUCCUUGUAGAGAACUAGGCGUGGGCUUUCAAAAAGGCGAUGUGCUACAUGUCAUCUCACAAGAGGAUCCCAACUGGUGGCAGGCUUAUCGAGAAGGUGAAGAGGACCAAGCGCUUGCCGGCUUGAUUCCAAGCAGAGCGUUUCAGCAUCAGCGUGAAUCGAUGAAGCAGACAAUAGCUGGGGACAAGUCGACGGUACGAGGAGCAAAAAAAUCUAGCACACUACUUUGUGCGAGAAAAAAUCCCAAGAAAAAGAAGAGAAGUAAAUUUGGCUCGAACUUGAAUGACGAUGGGUAUCCUCUUUACGCCACCACUUCUAUUGACGAUUACGAUAGCGAGGAGGUAUUAACAUACGAAGAAGUGGCCUUAUACUAUCCUAGAGCAGACCAUAAAAGGCCAAUCGUACUUAUAGGCCCGCCUAAUAUUGGUAGACACGAGCUCAGACAACGACUUAUGCAAGACAGCGAAAAAUUUGCAGCAGCGAUACCACAUACAAGUCGACCGCGCAAAGAUACCGAAGUCGAUGGUCAAGAUUAUCACUUUAUCUCGCGACAGCAGUUUGAAUCCGACAUCCUCUGUCGCAAGUUUGUGGAACAUGGCGAGUACGAGAAAGCCUACUACGGCACUUCUGUUGAAGCCAUCCGUACGGUAGUCAACUCGGGUAAAAUCUGCGUUCUUAAUCUUCAUCCACAGUCCCUGAAAAUCCUACGGAACUCGGACCUCAAGCCCUACGUCGUCUUUGUCGCGCCGCCAAGUCUUGAAAAGCUCAAACAAAAAAGAAUAAAAAAUAAUGAGACUUACAAGGAAGAGGAGCUCAAGGACAUAAUAGAAAAGGCCAGAGAAAUGGAGGACAAAUAUGGUCAUCUUUUCGAUAUGAUCAUCAUUAACAACGACACGGAUCGUGCGUACAAUCAGCUGCUUACAGAAAUAAAUUCGCUCGAAAGAGAACCUCAGUGGGUGCCAGCAACCUGGGUGCAAUAGCUCCUGCCCACAGCCAGGUUUAAGACACUCGAAUGACUCUACGGUGCCGAUAGCAUUGAGAGCGACAUCGUCGCCUGAGCGCGCGUGUAUAUGUACAUUAUAUUUUUUUCACCAUUAAAUUCCGUCAAAUACGUGUAUACUUUCAUGAAUUAACUGAUGGACUAGAUUAUUUAUUUAUUUUUUAUUACAAUUCGCGUUAAAUGUUAGUUAUUUGACGCUGUGGAAUUAUUUAUUGGAUAGUAACAAUCUGGAAAAUUAUUCUACGCCAUUAAGAAUAAUAAUUUCAUCAUUACAUAUGUUCUUUAAACUUGCGAAAUUAAUUUCUCAAUGUUUUUAACAUGAUCGCACUUGCUGGAGUUUAUAAACAAAAUCUUGAAUAAGGUUUUUUUUUUAAUUUUAACCAACAAAUACUUGAAUUCUAUUAAGACACAGUGUCAAGUGUGAAGCAUCAAUCAAGUAAAACGCGAUGAACAAAUAUAAUCGAAACCAACAACUUGAGCAUGAUGUAGGGUAACUUGCGUUUGUUUAGAAAAAAGAAAGAAGUAACUCGUGUUUCUCAGAAAAAUUAAUCUAAAAAUAAAUAUAGACUCGUUAAUGCAUUAAUCAUAUCUCGAGGAGUGUAUUCGAGACCAUGCUGACUUAUGAUAAUGUGUAAAAAAAAUUAGACUUGAUCAAGCGCAUGAUAAAGCUGUGCAUUACUUGUUUCCUCAGUGGGUAUGAUAUAAAAACGAUAAAUAGUCUUACUGAGCGUAAAUAAUGACUCCUUUCUUCGAAUGGUGCGAAAAUACUUUCAUCGCUGUUAAUUAUCACCGAUAUAAUACGUCCACUUUGUCCAUCGUUUUUAAGAAUUACUAACUUUUUUGAUUUAAAAUAAGUGGUUAAAAUAUAUCGCAUACCAAAGGUGCUGUUUGGUUUUCCAAGAAAUUUCAUAUUUUUUAAAACGAUCGAAUUUUGUACUGUGAAACAGAAAAGUGUACAAGUCUACCGGAGCGAUUUUAUACAUUGUUAAGCGUUAAUGAAAAGUGCGAAUAAUGAUUGCUCUGCGUACUAAAAGAACAAUAAUACUCGCGAUUCGUCGGUAAAUGACGUCGUAGAAAUUGUUUUGCAGUGCAUAAUCCGAUCAUUUGCUACAAGAUGGAUCGAGUUUUGCAGAUACAUUUUUACGUACACUUGGUAAUUUAUUGUGUAAAGGUGAAUACUAGAAAUUCUAGUGAAAAAUCUCCAAUCGACUGUAGAUAACAGUUCUAGGCAUAAAUUAUUGGAUUAAUUGAAGCAAAAGCUAAAAGCAAACAGGUAAAUAAGAAGACUCGAUGUGCCAAUAAAAUAAACCGUCGUCUAAGCCAGAAAAACGACUGCGAAUUAGGAACAAAUAAAUAAAUAAAUUAAUUAUUAAUAAUAAACACGCGCGCGCGCACACAGACACAGACACAGACACACACACACACCCACCCACACACAGACACACACACACACACACACACACAUAUAUAUAUAUAUAUACAAAUGUGCCAAACAAAGGGACUUGGAUAGUUCAAAACGCGCUCAAAAGGCACCGUACGAUGUAGCAUACGUCAUUACUGUUUAUGUAAAUAUCUGUGCAAUUGUAUAGAAAAGAGAACUGCAAAGUAAUUAUAUAUUAUAGCGUUAAUUUUCGUGAAAAACUACGAGUAGCGCGAACUCUUCAAAUGAAUCUCGGAGUGAAUUCCGUAUGCUUGAAUUUUGUUAUAUAUACAUAAGUAUAUAAAGUUACUUCGAAAUUCAUCACGACACACACUAUAAAUUAUUGUAUCUGUUAUUUGUUCUUAUUCAUAUUUUGUAGUAAAUUUUAAGAAAAUAAAAUAAUUUAUACAACUAUUUGUUAUAUAUCGAUUAUUUUUAGGAAAAACGGGAUCGGAAAAAGCAAAGUUGCCAUUGAUAAUCGUAUAAAAAUAAUUGAUUACAGCUAUUGAAGAGUUCGCCAGAACUCCAGCUAUAGUUAUACAUUAUUAAAACGUUAUUAUACUUGUGAUGCCCUCCUUCGUUUAUUGAUUAUUGUUAUAGUUUUAAGAAAUUAAAGUGCGUAUAUUCAAUAUAUCAUUGUAUUAAGUUUAUGUGUAACACAAGCGUACAACGUUCUUGAAAAAAGUUAUAUAUAUAUAUAUAUAUAUAUAUAUAAUAAAGGUUGUAUAUAUUACAUAUAUACAAAUAUAAUACGCACAUGAUAUGAAAUCAAGUUUAUCGACGCGUUAAAAGGUUUAUAAAAGGAAAAUACGAUAAAUUACGAACUGUUUUAUUGGCUGCAAUUUAAAACUCGUCGGCGUUAAAAACGUUUGAAAUUUAUUUGCGUAGAACAAAAUUAAUCAAUUUUAUCGUUGACGAAAAUGUCAAAUUGAAAUUGCGAAUUUCUAAAACGAUUAUGAAACGUAUGAGGCUUCCAAUACGAUGAGAGAUAGUAAAUGAUGGUUGUACGAGAUUCUCAAGAAUGACGAAAUUGAAUUAUUUUUUAAUUUGUCACCUCGUAUAAUUAAUCGCCUCUUGUAUUGUCUUCUUAUGCGGUACGUACGUAGCUAUAACAGCGAAUAGAUUGUAAUCCAAAUGAGGCGUGCAGCAAGAGAGAGCAAAAAUUCGGUUAAACAUUUUUAGAAUGAAGCACAUCAUCGCCCGAGUCGGUUUGCGUUGAUGCAGUGAGGCGCGGACGAAACGAAUUUCCUACACACCGGCGAUGAAGGCAACAGCCUCGAGUCAAAUUAAGUACACCUACAUACGUGAUUCGCUCGUAUCAUUUUCCUUAAAUAUUUGAGAAAAGAAGAUUCGCGGUCGCUCGACGGUGAAUAAAAAUAAAAAGGCGAGUGUAUAAAUACUUACAUAAAUGAGACUAAACGGAGAAGUGAUUCGUUCCUUAAAAAAAGUUCAGUAUAAAUAUAUUUGGCGGUUUCAGUAUAAUCCAAGAGCGCGAAUGCCCAUACUUGUGUACUCUUGCCAGUUUGCCAGUUGCUCUGGGCUAUUCCGCCUAAAGUUGUAUUGUGUUUAGAGUAUUACGAAUAAAAGUAUUAACCUGAUUUAUUUUUAACGUAUAGUUUGCGGAGAAUAUAAUGUUGUCGUAUAAAAAUUUUGAUGCUCCAGAAUGAGAUUUCGCAAUGCAUAUUGCCAGCGUGUAUACGCAUGUGACGAGAAUAAAAAAGCAUCGGCUCGAAGCUAGUAUAAUAAAUAAGAAAACAUAACAUAUAGCGUAGUAUUAAUUUGCGUCUCGGAAUUGAAUCGACAUCAGACCUAUAAUACACGGCAUUUGCAGGGUGACAAGAAAAAAAGCAAUGACGACGUACGCGAUGUGUUGUAGCCAUUGUUCAGCGCGUGUGUACCGAUUGUUGUUUUCGAAAUAUAUACAUAAGCCAGUUGUUUUCAAGAUGAACAAGUAAUGGUGCGGCGACUAAUUUAAAAGAGCGUAUCAUGUUGUUAUACCUAUUAUACGAGCGCGUGUGCGCAACUUAGCGUCGUGGGCGAGAAGCGCGCUGUUCAUUUUCGAGACACGACAAUUCUCGCUAGAGACCGGAUGUUUAUUAUACCUAUUACGUAUUAUUAGGGGAAAGACAACGCAUUAUUAAUUAAUUCAAUAAUUAUUAUACACAAGAGUAUCCGACCGUAAAAAACCGUGCCGACGUUUCACGUUUCACCGCAACUCGACAUUCUGUUAUGAAUUUCCUUGAAUAAAGGUUACUAAUAACAUUUAAAUAUACUGA